AGCGUGUGCCUGUUGCUGCUCGCUAGUUAGUUCGACUACUGCGAAUGGCUGGCGGUCCUAAGCCGAAUGCACCGCUUUAAUGAUGGUGUUGUCGUUGCCCGUGCCGAUUUGUGGACGUUGUAUAGAAAACUGGUGCUGCUUGUUGUUGUUGUCGUCGUCGUGGCCGCCGCUGCCACCCUACUCCAACGGCGGCAAGUACAUAGAGUAGCAUCAAUAUGUGAUGUAGGAAGCAGCCAAAAGGAAACGAGGGUUACUCCUAGUCGACUGUUAACACAACAGACUUAGCAGCAGUUUGCUGUUACCUGGUGUAUAGCCAACAGCUCGAUAGCAAUGGACAGAAGGAACGACAUCGCAGCCCGUCGUUGCCGCGGCAUUAAUAGCCAUGGCCCGGGGGCGAUGCUCGGAUGACCUUGAAAAGCCCGCCAUUCGUUGCUCGUUACUGCUGCUGCUGCUGUUGAUGUUGUCACUGCUUCGGUGAACAACGAAAACAGUAUGAUCGGUUGUCGUAGCAACUAGCAUCAGCGAUAGUUGCCGUUUCAUGGAUAAAUAGACAUGUUUACUGCGGGAAGAGCCGGCCAUUGACGCUAAUCCGGCCCGACUUGCUUGACUCCAAUGGAAUUGCGCGUAAGAAAUAGAUCGCCGCCCAUUUCCAGUGACAAGAGCGGCAGCUUUUAUUAAUGUAGAAAAAUAGGGUAGCAGUUGUAUUAUUCUAAUAAAAGUAGUAACCGUAAGAGCCAGUAAACGAAAGACUCAAAAAUUCUAUGAUCGCUAACGUGCAUGUUUUACAAGCUGCAGCAAAGUAGCGAUAAAUGUAGCCCACGGAAAAACAGUCUGCCUAAGAACCCGAAGAAAGUAGAUAACUUAACUCACUUUUCUCAAUCACAAGGUAAUCAUCAAUUGUACGAAAAUUUACUAGAAACUUGCAAGGCGACCACCAAAACUACUGAAAAGUCACAAUUUACUUUAUUUAUUUGUAGAUAUGUGAAUUUCUCAUUGUAAGUACGACAACAACAAUAAUUAUUAUUAUUACGAAUUAUAACAACAAUUACUAAAAAGGUACGUCAAUCGACAGUGCUAGUGUAAACCGAUAAAAUCAAAUUGGCAGUACCAACCUGCACAGCAUCAAAAGUAACACGAGCAACAGCUGUGAAUGCACGUGAAGUGGCGUAUUACACAAAGCAGAAUCAUUCAGUCGUAAGGUAUCGCGCUACAGAAGUUGGAUAACAUCGUAGAAUAUACACGUAUAGCUUUUUUGCUUGAUUUUCUAUUCUAAGUUGACUGAGGUUAGGUGGGAAAGAAGAUCGCAUACAGAUACUUGACGCUAAACUGGUAGAGGACAAAAGAUAAGGAGCAAAAACUACGCAGUACAUUUGAAGUCUGUGUAGUUGGUGUCCGAUCUCUCUGUACGAUCGAUGCUUGUUUUGAAUUUUGCUGUUAUUUACACCGUUAUAAUAAUGAAGAAGGUAUUUUAGGAAGACAUUUGUUCAGACAUAGCUAAAUGGUGCAGUAUUGCAUAUUCGUUCGAUAUGCCAUCUUGUGUUCGACUGCUUCCAAACACACGUACAUAUGUAAUGAAUUUACAAGCUAUUAAUGCUUUGCGUGGUGAAAAAAUUAACGAGCAUAUGCUAGUCGCCAUAUCCACACAUACGAGAUCCGUACACAUCGAAAAUACCUAUGAUUAAUUGGUACUACGAAAUAGUACAGUUCCGUUUCCAUGCACGUUGCUUACACUUGCAAUAAACGAUCAACAACUACACAUGAGGAGCAGUCAUUGCCCUCGUGUUUCUCUCUUUUGUUACUUAGUAUCAAAUAACGAUUUCGGUAGAAUGCCUCCUCUUCCUCAAACAUAUGAUAUACUCAACGUACAUCUGUUCAUCCAUGGUAUACGUAUGACGCGCACGUCAGCUGUAUCCACUUCAACCGAUCGACCGAUUAAGCAGCCAUACAAACUAACGAUAACAGCUAGCAGCAGUGGCGGCGUGGCUAAACGAAAACUGACUUUUCAUUGGCCGCUUCCUAUCGCGUAAUCGAUACGCUCUAACGAAAACAAGACAGAUUUCGUUUUCGAUUUAAUUUACAAUCAAUCAUCAGGUAUAUUUUGAGUGUACGAGUUUAUUGUUGUAUAUUGCCAGUGAGAAUGCAGGCAUUUGCGGUUUCUUAUCUUAACAUGGUGUAUCUUAGUCAUCAAAAUACCUAGCAACGAAAGAUCCGGUGAGCGAGCCAUGACCCGGUGACCGCAUGGAGAGUAGAGCCGAACAUCGGAGUCAUAUUAGGGAUUCGACUAAGAAGAUUGCAGUUCACUACUUGUAUGCUCAGCGACACCAGACUUGCGCCAGUUUCUAUUGCGGUUCGCGCAGUUCGGACUGUGUUCCAGUGUUUUGACAAGCAGCGACAACAUGUAGAUUAAGGCGGCUUGUCUGUUGGAAAACAAACAACAAAAUUUGUCUACGGCGAUCCAGCUCUUCUUCAGUGUCGCAAAGUGUGGUUCCUUUGUGCAAAUCUUCGUUGUUGUUGUUGUUGUUGUUCCCCCUUUUUUUUGGCAAUUUGUCGCCACGUUGUCAUUAGUGCCCGCACGGCUCUUGCCCCCGUUGUUUUCAGUGUAACUCUGUCGCGCACGGCAUACUUGUUGCCGUUGACGAGGAGACGCAAAGUUUUUCAUUUUGUAAGUGAAAACGUAAAAGUAAAAGGAAAAAGAAAAAACGGACCUCUACUGUCCAGAAAUUUGCGCGCACACGUCCUUGUAGCAAUGGCAGAACUACUGUACACGACCCGGAGAGAAGAGAACCAGUUGCUGUCAAAGUCGAGUCAGUGCGACAAAAACCGACAAUGGAAAGAUUUGUUCUCCACUUUGCUUUUGGCCUACUCACGUUGUGGAUGAUACUGUGGCCUGUUUUUGGAUACCUUCUCUAGUUGGCGCUUUCGCUCUCUCUACGGAGAAUUAACCACAUGCUGGGAAACCGCGGCGUAGUGUCGCCGAAAUCCCAAAUCGAGCAGGAGAAGCGAAUCCGCCGUGAAAUUGCAAAUUCAAAUGAGCGUCGACGUAUGCAGAGCAUCAAUGCGGGUUUCCAAUCGCUACGAGUUCUGCUGCCUCAACGUGAUGGCGAAAAGAUGAGUAAGGCGGCCAUCCUCCAACACACCGCCGAAUACAUAUACCAACUCGAGCAGGAGAAAACGCGUUUGCUGUCCCAGCUAUGCAGCGUACGCCGAAACGUAACGCAGAAUGGUGUGGGGUCAGUGUCGUCGAACGAUUCCGAUAACUCCGAUUCAGGUGGCACGACAACAGGAGGCAACGCUAAUGCUCUCGGGGCCGGUGGGAAAAUGCCUCUGAAACGUAAACGAACGGUAGAGAGUGUCGAGAGCGCGGAUGAAGGUAUCGGCAUGAGUCCAUCGCACUGUGAACGCGAACUCAUCUCCGACCUGCGUUACCAACUCGAGCGCGAGCGUGAACUGCGUAAAGAUGUCGAGCGUCGAAUGCAGCAGAUGGUAAAUGAAAGGGACGGCCGAGUACCGCUCGUUGAUGAUGAACAGGAAAUUGACCACUCGUCAGAAGCUGAAAAUGAACAUGAGGACUAUAUGAAGGAGGAGGUCACUGAGGAGUUUGUGGUUACCGACGACCUGCCUCAGGAUUUAAGUUGCGGUACGGGUGCUGUCAACAUCACGCUGCCGCAACCGCAGGAAGUGACUGUUAUUUCGAAGCCGUCAGUUGUUGUUCUGCCUGUCCACGGGGUGAACAUUGUUACUGCGCAGCAACUUACGCCGGCACCUUCACCGCCAAGGUCUGCCAUUCCGUCCAGGUGCCACUCGCCCUCUGGUGUCAGUUCUGUCAAUUCUGGACACGCAAACCCCGCGGUGACAUCGCGCCAGAACCUUGACACGAUCGUCGAAGCAAUUCGACACCUCGAGGGCGAUCAUUUGUUCAGCGAGCGACGGCCGAGUUCCAAGACAACAACAACAGCAACGACGAAAAGUGAUUCUGGCGCGCGAUCCGAGACUGUUAUCGUGCGUUCCGCAGGCGCGUCUAACACCUCGGUGGCAAGCCAUCAUCACCAUCAGAUGGUGGAUAGGCGUUAAGUAGCGCUUGUGCGUUUACGUCCUCGUAACCCCUUACCCAUCCCUUUAAUCCCCAAUUUCCUCGAUGCGCGAAAGAGAACCUUCAUCAGACACGGUGAACGGGAGCUAUCAACUGUAGCAGACGACAUGAAACAAAUAAAAAAUAGUGGCGAUGACAACCAGGACGGCCGUGAAACUGUGAAAUGGAAGACACCAUGAGCGUUAAUGAGCAAGAAGCACAAAAAGAUGAAGUUAGUUCUGUAACAAUCAACGCCAGUGACAUUAACACUGAAAAAAGGAGGAAAUACCGAAUUAAAUUAUCGGUUUUCUGCAAUACUCCUACGUUAUGGGAAGUAUGUUCUAUCACGAUGGUUGAACAUGAGUUACGCGCCACCUGUAACCUGACUUGACGGCUCCCAUGAUUCUACCGCUUUAUCAAUUAGCACGACCGAGGAAACAUGGAUGUCGACCCUCAAUGGCCUCUGAAAUGCUUAGGAUGCACCAGUCAGGAGUGGAUGUGUAUACGGCUACAACAAUGGUGUUUAGUCGAAGACAUCAUAUUAGGCAAGAAAAAGAAAGCACAUGGGUAUACUACAUAUAGUUAUAGAGUCGAUCAAAGUUUUAAUGCUCAUUCAAUAUCAUAACUGCUACAUAUUUGUGCUAGCGACAAGUCAAUUGGGUUUAAAAAAUGAGGUGCUACGGAUUUGGUAAGAACUACAAAUGAGAGACGGCGCUUUGGAAGGGCCAUCGUCUUUGGCCACAGCGCCUCCAUAGGUUCUAUUGUCCAUAUCGACGUAGUUCAACUGUCCGCGACGUUAAAUCUUGCAACCCUUGUGGUGCAUCAUUUCAUGGAGUAUAAUGGAAACUGGCAUGGGCACACACGCGAGCUUUUUCUCCUUCCGCUUAUUGAUAGGCUUCGUACAAGCGUACACAUUUCUGUGAAAACUGGCGACGGUGAUAGUGAUGUUGUUGAUCACUCCCGUUGCCUGAUUACGGGGCGCGUCUGUUUUGUGAAAGCCACUAAGGACUUAGAGAACUAGCAAUUUCUGUAGUGAUCUGAUGCUAAGGUUCAACCACAAGAACAGUCUUUACCCGCUUCAUCCUCGCCUCGGGCCCCUCCAUCACUCUAUACUUGUUGCUACAGUGCUGCUAACAUUGCUUCAUUUUUAUGAAAAUUUUUAGUUCAAAAAUGUGCGCAAUUAAGAUUGGAUUUAAGAAGGAUUGUUGAAAAAAGAGCAAAUCCGAGCAGAUAUUGCGAUCAACACAUUGUAUCUCAAUAGGUCUUCACUAACUGCUAGUAAAAUGUCCAACGGUUGUGCCGCAACAUCCGUACACAAAACGGCACGAUAAUAAAUUUAGAAAGAAACUAGGAUUUAGCAACACGUUGCGAAUGCCCACGCCGCUUUUGGGUACAUUUAGAUUACUUGAGGUCGUUAACUUUUCUUUUUUAUUCUAGAGGUUACGGGAUAUCCGGUGAUAUGGUCUGUCUGCUGGUCAACCCAGUGUAGUGGUUUCUUGGUGGUACCGUGAUAACAGACGAUCGGAACGUGACUAUGGUAGGUUAUGAGCCUUGUAUGACAACCUCAUUUAUCAGGUUUAACAAUAGCAGUUUGUGGGAUUUUUGUAAUAGCUCGAUGCGUCGUAAUGUGUCGCUGAUUUCAACCGCAUUGUGAUGGGUCUGCUGUCAUAAAAAUCGGCCACCGAUUGCUCAAAUGAGUUUCUUACCAUAAUUGAAAGCGUGCUACUGAUGGAUGACAGUGUAUCUACCAUUGGACUUUCUUUCGGGUUGACAGUAAGAUACAAUACCAUACGAAACAUAAUAACGACGAAGACUUGUUGUCAGUUACUACGCCAACAGACACGAAGGAAGAAACACGGGAGCAGAAAGCGUCCGUCUGCCGAGCAGUCUCUCUCGCGCAUUGUAUCAGGUUCCUUGUACGAUUACCACUACUGUGCUAAUGCUAAGGUUAUGAUGAUUGCUAUUAUUAUUAUUAUUAUUAUGACUAUUACUACGAUCACUGUAAUGACUGCUAUAAUUAUUAUUGCUAUUAUAAACGUCAUUAUGCUAUAUGAUGAGAGAUGAAAAGAGAGAAAAAGAAAACAAGAUGAAGAUGGUGGAGAAACAAUGAAAAAGAAAAAAUGGUGUCAUGCACAAAAUUUGAAGCCAUUUGGAAGAGUAUAAGGAAAUCGAUCGAUCGAUAUUAUAUAUAUAUAUAUAUAUAUAUAUAUAUAUAUAUAUUAAAAGAAAUACAUCACACACUCAGAGUGCGUCGGAAAUAAAACAAAGAAGACACAAGGAAGGAUGAUAAUGAUGAUGAGCGAAUUGUACAUAUGUUUCUCGUGUAUUAUUGAGGUGGUUAUCCGAUUUGCGAAAAAAACAACAACAACCAACAAACAGACUAAACACACAGAACAGGAAUAUACAUACACAAAUAUUUCAAUUGAUAUUCUCAUUCAGAUAUUUGGCGAUGCUCUAUUCAUGAUUGAUUAUAAUCAAAUUAUUAUGAUUUGCGCAUACAAUUAAUGCAAUAGGGAAUUCGAGCAGUUCAGUUAAAUGCAUUUUUCUUACUCCUUGUGAGCAGCUCAAGACACAUUUGUUUGCCAGUUUUUGUCGUCUCUUUGUCAAUAUACGAACGAAAGCGCAUUAUUGGCAGUAUAUACAGUGGAAAUUGUUUCUGAGAGUCAUUUGUAGGAAAAACAUAGAAACUAUAUAUGUUGACCUCGCUGGCUCAUACCACGUGUAAGUAACGACGCAUACGAAGCUUCAGUUAUUAAUGGGAUACGUUAAACAAGUGACGUGUACAGGAGAAAAAUCAGCAAAAAUCAGAAAGCACCAUUAACAAACAAUAGCUGCCAACGAAAGCGACUAAUGCGUACUGCGUAACAAACAAACAUGGAAGAAUACGGCAUAACAAGACACAAGAUAUCGAGACAGAAAGAGAAAGAAGGUGAAUGCAAAAAGCUAUGUGUGUUGACGACAGGAAUAAAGAAAAUAGACAAAGUAAACGAAAGACUGAAGAAUAUGUACAGUGACUCUAGGCAGCAUUGCUUUAACAGCAGCAACAGUGGCGGCACCAUUCCCAGCAGCCUGCAUUUUGGGCUUGUGCCGGCUGACUGGCUCGCUCACGGAGAAGUGGGGACACGCACCCAACACGGACAUUUCAUUAUGACUGAUGUAACAUGUAUCCAUCGUAUUUUUAUUUGAUGUAAUGUAGUUUCAUUAUUAUAUUCUUGUCAUGACCAUUUCACUUCCACUAUUAUAAUUAUUAUUACAACUAAUUAUAUUGCCACUACCCGAUAAUUUAAUAUUAUACAACAUAGUCUAGAUAAUUACCGGAAUGAUCUCAGGAAUUUGGAUGUUGAGUGGACGGGACGGUGUUGUGUGUGUGCUCUUGUGCGUAUUAUUGGGAACGGAUUUAGUGGGAGAAACAAAAUAGCGAAGGCUGUUUCCUUUCGUGUGCUAGCGUCCAUUUUACGGGCAUCUUCGGGGAGCAAUCUGAAGGCAAGAAGGCAAAUAAGGGACGGCAUUAAAAUGCUGAAGUGCAAAUACGUUCAGAGUGUUUUUCGGUGGUGGGCCAAACAAAGCAAUGUGUUUAACUCCCUUAAUUAACCUUCAGCUCACCCCGGCCGUCCCGUUCAGUGUCUAGAGGUUUCAGCAUAUCCAACGUGUAUUUUUUUCUCGAUCGAACAAAUUAAGCAACAAAAGAUCAACAAAACUAUCAACCACAAAUACUAUCAAACCAUAUUAUCAUUAUACCAUAAGAAAUGAAUAAUUUUUAUGCUGUCAUUACUAUUAUGCUGUUGAUUGAUGAUGAGAGUGGAUUAUUGAUAAUGGUAAAUAAUAAAGCUCCGUACGGGACGAAGCUCCCUUCUCCGACUUGUAGCAUCUUGCUGUGUCCUUAACAAACAUCAUCCAAUCGAACCCAACCAAUGAACUGAACCCCAUGCGUGAGUUUUUUUGUACAUUAUAUAGUAUAUCCUUUCCGCAAGUGUACAUGGCUUGACUUACUUUCCCUUACGAUUUGUAUGGUUUCUAUGUAGUGAAAUUGUCUUGUUAUUCAAAAACAACAAAAAGUAGCCACUGCCACUUCCUAAUUUCGACCUCUUACCAAAAAUGGGAUAGCUAUGAACAUAUACACAAUUCACACCUGACACACAAAUAAGAUGUGUAUGCGGGCGCUGAAGGCUGAGAAGCGAAAAAAUAAUUGAAACGUUGGCUAAAAUUUUAGCAGAAAAAGGGUAGGCAACAAACUUCCCAACGCCACAGACACAUAUAAUUCAACGAAAUCAGCAAAAAUCACAAUGAAGAAUCGUCAAAUAAUUUCAACACGACAAUUACAUGGAAAACUACCGCUAUAUUUUAUUUUAAGCCGUCUUGGCUGCCCGCACUGGGGCAAAAUUCGAGAAUGAAAAAAAUCGUCUGCUUGCGUGUCUACGGUCUUAAUACGAAAAUGAGUAUAUAAACACAAAGAAGAACUGGUCGCCACUGCCUAUCCAUUUUUAAACUGUAAUUACAUAGCGAAUGUUUGCAUCCGUACAUACGUGUAUACGAUAACAUUACUGCUUUUAUGAGAGUUUAAUUCACACAAUUUAUAAAUGCAUAGACAAUAUUUUCACAGCAAAUUUCCCAAUGACAAUUCACCUUUAUCGUCGUUAAUCACUAUGAAAAAUAAUGCAUAUAUCUGCUACAAUUUAAUGCUGCUAGAAUUAAAUAACAAUUAAUUAAAAUUCAUGCUGCGCAAUGCCGCUAUAAAGUAGAACUGUUUUCAUUUAAUAUUAAUGGCGUUAACAAUUGUGGGAGAUUGUAGCCGUUCCUUCGCUGUAAGACUCCUUUGGAUUUAUAUAUUCCCUUUGGCGUGACCAUAUGAUGAUGGAAAAACCAAGGAUUUAGCUCUCGCAGCCAAACCAACCAUCGGAGACACACACACAGAUGUGUUCAGACACACAAGCAGGUACUAGAAAUGCGCAUCUUUGUCAGGUAGCAUAUUAGUCUCUACACUAAAGCUCUACGCAAAUAAUGGGGACAAUAAAAGGCUAGUUUUAUUAUUGAAUAAAAUUUAAACAGGCCCUUAGCAAUGUGGAUUAUACUACACAAAUGCUAUGUAAUAGCUUUAUAAUAACGCUAAGACAUACAUCGAACGUCUUCACAUAUAGUCGCAAAAAACAACAAGAGUAACACUAGCAAUAAUGAGUACAUUGAAAAUAGUUCUAUUACAAUAGUGGACGUAGAACCUACACAGAUAUAACUUGAAAACAAUGCUCAAAACUAUCUACACCACAAAAUGAUACAAAACUAUAAAUAGUGCUGCUACGUCAAGUUGCAGAGGAAAACAUUUUCAGAAAAUGUUCAUAGUUUUGUUUUUUUUUUAUUUGUAUUUCGAAUAGAAUGUGAGCUGUACUGACAAUUUGCAGACGUGUUUCUACUUAAGAAAUUACCGGAAUCAAUAGAAUGCCAUGUAGCAGCACUGGGUAAGGAAUAGCAGACGUCAGUAGAUUUGGCAGCAUCGAUCAGCUUGAUGGCUUGGAAAUUGAGACGCAGGAGUUUCGGUUCUUCUUUGGCAUUUUUGCUCACCUACAUCGUUUCUAAUUGAUCUAAUUGAUUCUUCUCAUACAGGAAUAUGCCCUUGAUUUCUGAGGAAAUGUAUUUUGCUUUUUAAAGUUUUGUAUCGUAAGUAAAUUGUAGGUGAAAACCAUGGCACAAGCUCAUUCAUUAGGCAAGCGAGAAAAAAAAUAAAAUUGUAAUUGUGUGGAGCUAAUGUACGGCACAGACCCAUAAAAAAAAUUGCGGUCUAUCUAAAUGCGGUCGUCGAGUAGAUAGUCAGAACAUAUAUAUAUAUAUAUAUAACAAUAAUGUACGAUAGACGACGAAAAAUCCAGAAAUGGUAUCAAUACGGUAGUAAUUAUAAAAGGAGGAAAAUAACCCAAUAUAAAUGAAAAGAAAGAUGAAGAAACAUAAUGACCGCUAACGACGAAGGCGCACAUGAAAGAAGCGAGGCAAUGGCUGAAAGGCCAUAAAACCUACAGACAGAUAUAAUGCUGAGAACGAUAAUUAUAAAUAUUAUGAAAAAUAGUUAAUAAUACUGCUAAAUAUUGAUAUACAUAAACAUAUAUAUUAGUGAUAUUAUUAAUAUACUGAUAAUAUUGAACAUACUAAAACAUUGAUGGUAACGAUAGUAAUAAUAGUAAUCAUAGUGGCAGAAAAUGUCAGACAAGAGAAAAUGCAAUUGUGUGCGUACAUGUAUAAAAAAAUAUUAAUGAUUAAUAAGUGAUUAAGCCGAAUGCAAUGUUUAAUCACAAACUGAUUGAGUAAUUACUAAUAAUUGAGGAACACGGCUGAUCCAUUAUUUCUGAGUGGAGAUUUGAUUGAUAAUGAUUCGAUGAUCUACUAUUAUUAUAACAUGCAUGACUGCGUAAUUAUGAGUCGGUAAAACCGAGACCGAAGAUGAAAAUAGAGCUUGACGAGAUGGUAGUGAUAUAUGAAUGAUAGAGAACACAUAUGGAUGGUUGACGAAAGUUACACGCAAAUGCAUUGACCCUUUCCUGCCGGCAAAAGAAUCCCUGUCAGGACGUGUCAGAGCGGCGGAACAUCUCUCUCACGUAGCUGAAUAGCGAAAUUGCUGUUUUUCUCAUUCACCGUAAAGAUAGAGACAGCACUAAACAAUAGUAGGUCGCUAUGACGACUUUUUUCUUUCAUACAUCCGCACAUCUAAACAAUUUUCGCAAGAACGCAGCGACCUCAUUGUGGUGAUAUAAUAUGACCGAAUAAUCAUUAAGCAAGCUAAACAAGUCACCUACGUAAUUUAAGUUGGCCUCGAUAAGAUAUGUGAAAGAUUGCAUCCACAAAAAUUUCUUUUGCUUCGUCUUUACCACUUCUCCAAUCACUACCAGUCAAUCUACCCUCUCUCUGUCAGAAGUUAUUAUGUCGGCAUCAAACUUUACGCCAUUAAAACGCCAUCAGAAAUUAACUACAGAAACAAUAACAGGUCAUUUUGAGUAAGCAUGGUUAGGAUCAGUAGGCAAAAAUGUCGGUAGAUUUGGCGUUAACAGUGUUAUUGCUGUUGCUACUGGCCGAAUCGUUUGUAAGUAUUUUCAAAGGCAAGUGCCCAGUCCAGGCAUCCGGAGAGACGUAAACCCACUCAUCGAUAUUAUCCCUUGUUUUUUGGUGGUCAGGAAGUCGCAUUAUUAUCUAUGGCGUAGACGCCAGCACACCUCAUCCAUUGGUGGCUGGAUAAUCGCGUUGAGAAAAAAGUUGCCACCCGAUUGCAUUACGACGAUUACGGCGGUCGAUAACUAUUAUUACAGUUGUUAUUGCUACAAUAAUAUAAUAAUUAAUAUUAGUAGGAUUCCUAUUAUUAUAUUAUUCAUAUGCCCUCAUUAUCCAUAGUUCGCUCCCAUACCUUCCCUUCUUCUUCACAUCCUACGCCGUUCAUAAAACGCACAUGGGCAUUUACAGAAAACAACACGGCAUCAUACAAAAACACAAUCGAUUCAUAUAGUGCCCCGUUGCACCAUUUGAUCAGACAUUGCGAAGGAGAAGUUGUCACGAAAGCUUAACGAGUGCAACCCAUGCAACGCCACUCAGAUAAAUAGUAUCAAAAAAAUAAUAAGCACUCAGAUGAUUAGUAAAUAAAAUUUCCUAGUGCUUAUUUUAGUGUAAUGAAAACCGCAUUAUUGAACUGUAUGACCAUGCUAAAAAAAUGAUACGACUACUUAUUACAAAAUAAUGAUAAUAAAACGCAUUGGAGACAACUGUGAAAUGCAGAGAUUGCGAAAGACACACGGAGUCAGACAAAGAACGCUGUUCAUACUAUACACGUUACAGUGUUACAUAUACACGGAGAGCGGAUCACACAUUUACUAUGUGAAGGUACACAGAGACCCAUUUCAUCGUCAUCAUAAUUCCUAUAUUAUUAUUACUAUCACUAUUAUUACUUUAAUAAUGGAAUGGUAGUGGAUUGUGAAUGUUCUGGCUCAAUGAAGGACAAAACAUAUAGAAUGGGCAAACUGAAAUGAAUUAAUAAUCCAUAUAUAAAGGACGAAGAGAAAGAAGAUUUUCUCAAUACGCGAUGUCGACCACACAGUGUAAUGAUGUUAGUUGAUGGCGAAUAAAGCCAUCUUAAUUAGGCGCGUAACGAAGACUUGUAUACAACGGACUACAUUGUGAAUUCUGUUGUUUGCAUCAUUGUAUAGAUAUCCAUGUAAAGAGGACACUUGUGGCGACUUCGUGCUAAAUAUGACGCGCGGUACCCCUCUUAAAUAAGUAGCCUUCUGUCCCUAUUCCUCGUGGAUAAAAAUGUUUGGCCACAGGUUGAUUUACUGGUAGCCAAAACUAGAGAUCUGCGGAGAAAACCUAGUGCUCUAUAUUUGGCUUUUAAUUAAUAAGCUAUUAAUGGCGCUAUCAAAAUGCGAGCCAGUAUAUCAAAUCAGAAUGAAUCAAAUAAUAUAGAAGACAAUUUUCCUUACAUGUCGCAUGUGCUAUUAUACACAGAUAAGAGAGCUGUGUUUGCGGUUUUUGGCUAAUCAAAGAUAACCAAAUGCUAAAAAAUACUCUCUAAUCUAAUCUAAUCUAAUCUAAUAUUUUUUUCGGGCUUUAUCCUGGCGUCUUAUAAACAACAGGGCGAUUCGUUCUAGUUCAGAACAACGACAGAAAACGUUAGAACCAAUAGCGAAGGGGAGUAGUAUAUAGCAAAUGGAGUUCUUCCACAUGAAAGACAAGCACGACUAACCAACGGCGAAAUCGAUUCCGCUAGCCCAAAAAGGCCGUUAGCGCUGCAGUUGCAACCAAAUACGCAAGAGGGGUACAGAUAUGCGAAAUAACUCUAGAAAUGCACGAAAUGCUGAUAAUAACAACACUAUGUAAAAGACGCAAUCAACUGAAUUAUAGAGGUACUUACGUUAAGGAAGUAUAAUAAAGUAUUAUAGUAAUGAAUGAGAAGGCGGAAAAUAGAUUUCGAAAGACAAAUAACUGAAAUUAAAAGAGCAAAGCAUGGACAACUCCGAGACGACACGAAAACAAUCCACGUCGACGGUAACGAUUAAUUAAACAUACGAACUAAUGAAGCAAAAACAAGUCAAACAAGAAAAAUGCAGCUCGAUGCUCGAAAUCGAAUAUAGACGAAUUAAGUGCGAAAAACAUGAUCGCAGAAGUGAUGACUAAGUGACUUGAAGUCCGAGGUGCGAUUUGUGUCGACUAUUACAUUAACGUGGUUAUAUGCAUUGGAACCACCAAAGUUUUUUGCAAGAUUUUCUCUAUUGAGCUGGUGGAUAUUAAACAUUAUGAUCAUAAUAAAGUAACGACAACUAACAGGACGCAAGCUAGCGAUACAAAGCAAGUGAAAGAGGUGUUUUGCGUAGGGGCAUUACUUCUAUUACUUAUUGCAGAAGGACGUGCGUAUUACACAGGAAUGUAAUAACGCGUUUGUAAGUAGGCAGAGACGAAAGAUAACGAUACAUGGGAUAAUGGCGCAAAGCUAAACAGGACAAAAUAUUCAAAUGUGACACAUCUUUCUAAACGAUAAAAAGAAAACAGCACAAACAAAUUUGUAGAAAUAAGGGAAAAAUUGGAGUAACGUUCUGUAGAACAGAAAAGAAAAAGACGUCAGACAAUUACGAUAGAGACAAAAGGAGAUGAACUGAAAUUCACAGAGCCAACUUGUUCAGAAAUGAAGUAGUCAAUGCCUAAACACGCGGAAGAGAAGAUGGAGAAAAAAAAGAUCUACAAAAGGAAGAACACCGAAAUAUGAAGGCGGUAAUUAUAUGGAUUACUAAUUAAUACGAAGGUAAAUUAUAUGGAUUACGUGUUGCAGCAUAAAAAGGUAUACAAACUGGAACAUUCGUAAAGGUUUUGAAGUUGGAAGGCGUGCUCGCUGUAAUGUGCAUGGUGUCGAAAUAUUUAUCUGAAUCUUGCAGUUCCGAUUGCUGACAGCGCUGUAAAAUACUAAAGGAUAGAAAGGCAUACGAGAGCAAAAGAGAAAGACAAAUUAACAGCAAAUGCAGAAAAAAAUGAUGAAGAGCCCAGGCUUGUUGUAAAGCGAGCAUCUCAUUAUUGUAAUAAUGGUAAUAAAUCAUCAUCAUUGUCAUCUAAGUUUGUUUACGCUCCACGACGACGGAACAAGACGAAAAAACAAAUGUGGCCAUGUGUAUUCAUUAUUAUUAGGUUAGUUUAAAUACAUACCUGCGCGGAUGCGUUCGGUGUCGCCGAGGAUAGGUGGGGCAGAGGCAGAGGCAAAGCAUCUGAUGUGUUAGGUCUACUAAUUCCAUAUAGGUAUCAUACUUGUGUAUUGCGAAUUUUACUGGGAUUUUACAUAAACGUGUAACUAGGUAAAUCAUAAUAAGUCAACGUAUUUUAAUACGAUAUUGAAUAGCGACUCAUUGUGAUCAUGUGUUACCUCUCGAAUUUCAAACAUUAACAUAUCAGCGGUAGAAGACACUUCCAUCAGUAACCUUGUAUCUAGAUAUUCGUGCCUGAAUGUCGGAGUCGAAUCAAUCUGCCGUUGAAUUAAAGUAAGUGUGCGUGCUUUCAACAAGACUUCAAUUGGUUACAGAACGAGAUAUCUUCGCUACCUAUCAAACGUAUUUAUCAAUAUGGAAACCUGUUUCUUUUCUAACUAUAGCCUUAGCUUAUAACCAGCUGUGAGGCGUUUUCUCCAUGUAGAACUAUCUACAAAAAAAAUAUAAUGAAAAUUUAAGUAAGUAAACCCAGUUGUGUUAGAUUUAUUUAUUCUUCUGUGAAUUAGAGUUUUCCGGCCCUGCAGAAACUGCUUAACAAUCAUUUUUACGCGGGAUGUGAAAUACUACGGUUAAAUAACACAUAUGAACAGAUGAUCUUUUACUAUGUAUAAUAUGUCCACCUGUAUAAACAGCUUAUUAGUGCGUUCCAGGCUUCGUGUAGCAGAGUCAUAUUUCGUGUUUAAUAUCGUGUCACUGGAUCUGCCUGAUCGACUCAACAGGUUAGCAUGGUGUCAACAUGAUCUACGAUAUU